UUCACAAUCACAUGACACCAACAAACUAGAAAUGAGAAGAAACAAAGCCACAAAUUAACACAUUACACAUUACAGCGAACCGUUUUCUGAUCUUCAAUUUCAUUUGAAAAUUUUGCAGCUUAUGAUUUCCGCGUUGCAUUUCGCGAGUAGUAAUCAAAACAUAGCAAUUGAAGAGGGCGGCAACCGGCAAUGAGCACCGGCAGCAGCGGAUCGUCCGCCACGGCGGCGAUGGAGAAGGCUCGGGUGAGUCGAACGUCUCUCAUUCUGUGGCAUUCGCACCAAAACGACGCCGCGGCUGUGCGGAAGCUUCUUGAGGAGGAUCCAUCGCUGGUGAAGGCUAGGGAUUACGACAGCCGCACGCCGCUGCAUGUGGCUUCGCUCCACGGCUGGGUCGAGGUUGCUAACUGCUUGCUUGAAUUCGGUGCUGACGUCAAUGCUUUGGAUCGUUGGAAAAACACUCCUUUGGCUGAUGCAGAAGGAGCUAAAAAAUUGCCGAUAAUUGAGCUUUUGCAGUUAAAUGGAGGCUUGUCUUAUGGCCAAACUGGAAGUCAUUCUGAAAAGAGCCCUGUUCUUCCCCCAUUGCCUAACAAAUGUGACUGGGAAGUUGACCCAUCCGAGCUGGACUUCUCUCAUUCGGUUUGCAUUGGAAAGGGAUCUUUUGGUGAGAUCUUAAAAGCCCAUUGGCGUGGAACGCCUGUUGCCGUCAAACGUAUUCUUCCAUCUCUGUCAGAUGAUAGAUUGGUGAUUCAGGACUUCAGGCACGAGGUUAAUUUACUUGUGAAACUUCGACAUCCUAAUGUUGUUCAAUUUCUUGGAGCUGUUACAGACAAGAAGCCCCUUAUGUUAAUUACUGAGUAUCUAAGAGGAGGUGAUCUUCAUAAGUACCUCAAGGACAAAAGUUCUCUUAGUCCAUCAGCAGCUAUCAACUUUGGCUUGGAUAUUGCUAGAGGGAUGGCCUAUCUUCACAAUGAACCAAAUGUCAUCAUCCAUCGAGACCUAAAGCCAAGGAAUGUUCUUUUAGUCAAUUCUAGUGCCGACCAUUUAAAAGUUGGUGAUUUUGGACUUAGUAAGCUUAUUAAGGUCCAAAGUUCUCAUGAUGUAUACAAGAUGACUGGUGAAACUGGAAGCUACCGCUACAUGGCUCCUGAAGUUUUCAAACACCGGAGAUAUGAUAAGAAGGUUGACGUGUUCUCCUUUGCAAUGAUUCUGUAUGAGAUGCUUGAAGGUGAACCUCCUUUUUCAAAUUAUGAGCCAUAUGAUGGAGCCAAAUAUGUGGCAGAAGGACACAGGCCUUCAUUUCGCUCAAAGAGUUAUACCUCUGAACUGCGAGAUUUAACAGAGGAGUGCUGGUCUUCUGACAUAACUAAAAGACCUUCGUUCAUAGAGAUCCUUAAACGGCUUGAAAAGAUCAAGGAAAAUUUGCCUUCAGAUCAUCACUGGAGAGUGUUUGCUUCAUGAAUUAUAAGAGCAUUCGUGUCCAGAUAUUCAGGUGAUUAUCUGCUAUUACCAUUCCAAAUCUGCUGCGGGUUUGUCAAAGAAACCAAUUUGGAAUACCUAGCUGGAGUCAUACACGGUGUUUUAAACUUAAGUCUCAGAUAAGCAUAACUGGUUGAUGCUGAUUCUUUUAGCAGGUGUUUACAUUCAACUACUUUUUUGUCUCAUUAAAAUUCUUGGCUGAGUUCCAUUCAGCUAUUGUUGUGAGCAGAUAAUAGCGGUUGUUCGAGUGUAAUAUGUUGUGUACAAAACCUAUUAAGGAAAAAUAUAACAAUUCUAAC